AGAACAACGAGCAGUUAUAAUGGGUAGUUUGUAACGACUAAAGUCAACAGCACUAGCUACAACAAAAAUAUCAGUAAGCCUCUACUAGAGGACAGCGACAGUAGACCAGAACCACAAGAAAAUGUCUACCGCUGCUUCAGCUCCCGUCGCUGAGGAGCUCAGGCGAUAUGGUCUCCCGUUUGUCGAGGUCCGCGAGCACCAAGGUCGCACUGCUUUCGCCUGUAAGGAUUUUCAGGUUGGAGACACCGUGAUUGAUGAAAAACCCUUCGUCAGUUGGGAGGAAGCCGAUAGUGUCGAUGGAUUCAACAUGCUCCCGCCCUCAGCAAAAGGGCUAGAAAGACAAGAACAAAGGAAGCAAGAGCAAAGAAGACAAGAAGUUCGCGCAUUGGUAAAUGUCCAUGCAGAAGAAAAGGAAAAGGUUGGAAAACAAGCUUCGCCUAAAAAAAACUUAAGAGCUGCAACAUCAACAUUGCUGUGCUUCCCGUUCCCCUACAACAAUCUCAAUCUCAAUCAUCCCCGGCUGCUUUUCACCUAGAACAAAAGCAGCCAAGGAUGUUCUGCUAAACAAAAGCUGUAAACCUACUAACAAAAGCUGUAAACCUACCAGAACUGGAGUUCUUCGCGCCUGCCUGCUUCCUAG